UGCCCCGGCAAGGCCACAAGCUUGUGGUGUGGGGUGGGAGCUGGGUCCUUUGGCCGAGGAACACGAAGCGAGAGUCAGUGGUCCGUGGAGCCAGUGACAGGCGCUGCCAGGGAGACUUGAUCCCGAACUAUCCAGGCUGGAACCGGUGGUCUGCCAAAAGGGUGAUGUGAGAAAUGAAGCCAAGUACAGACCCAAGGAUCUUAUCACUAGCUGGUGAAGUUGCAAAAAGUCCUGAGCAUAAUGUCCCUGUUAUACUGUUAAAGUUAAAAGAAAUAAUAGACAACAUACCUUUAGGAAGCCCAGAGUUGAUGAAAAUCAAACGAGAUAUAUAUGGUCAUGAGCUCAUUCAUUAUUGCCUCUUGGUCCUCGGUCAAGAUGGUUCUCAAAUCCAGGGUGGUUGGACUACAGUUUGCCAGAUUGCACAAUUAUUAAGCAAUUGCUGUGUGGGCUUGGAGCUAGGGGAGGAUGCAGAGGAAUUUUACAAGGAAUUGCUUCCAUCAGCUGUAGAAAACUUUCUACUUUUGGCGAGACGAUUGCAAAUGCGUUUCAUCAAUACAGCUAAGGUUGAAGAAAAAGAUGAAUUCCUAUGCUUUUUCCAAAUUGUGGCUGAUUCUCUCUUCUGGUUAUUGGGAGGCCAUGUUCAGCUCGUACAGAAUGUACUACAGAGUGAUCAUUUCAUAUACUUAUUGCAAGGUGACAAUGUUCAAAUAGAAUCCACAGUCUUGGCUAUGCUACAGAAUAUGCUACAUAUGAACAGUGGCUCUUUACAGAGAAUAGAAGGAAAAACCCUGCAUUCAAUUUUAGAUGAAGUUGUUUCCAAGCUUUUUUCCACUCCUAGUCCAAUUAUAAGAAGGGAUACUACAAAACUUCUACUGUUGAUGAUUGAAUGCCAUUGGGAAAUUUUGAUUUUCCUGAGACAAAGCGGCUGCUACAAAGGAUUCAGAAGACUACUAAGUCAACAGGAAACUGGAACAAAAUUUAGUCAAAAACUUAAACAGCUUGUUGACAUUUUAAGCCCCGCAGUCUAUCAGAAAGUAGAAGAGCAGAAACUACAUCAAGCAGCAUGCUUGAUUCAAGCUUAUUGGAAGGGUUUUCAGACUAGAAAGAGAUUAAAGAAGCUUCCAUCUGCUGUGAUUGCUUUGCAGAGGAGUUUCAGAUCUAAAAGAAAAAAGAUACUGCUGGAGCUAAAUAGGCAGAAGGAAGACGAGGACCUCAGAUUACGUUUGCAACUUCAAAGACAGAGAGCCAUGAGACUUUCUCGAGAACUACGGCUGAGUAUGCUUGAAAUAGUUCAUCCAGGUCAGGUGGAGAAACAUAAUCAGGAAAUGGAAGAGAAAUCAGCACUGAUUAUUCAGAAACAUUGGAGAGGGUACAGAGAAAGGAAAAACUUUUACCAACAGAAGCCUUUCCUCACAGAGUAUAAAGCAACUGUUACACUUCAAAGAGCAGCUCUUAAAUUCCUAGCAAAGUGCCGGAAGAAAAAAAACCAAUUUGCUCCUUGGCAAGGGCUCCAAGAACUCAGUGAUUCACGCAGAGUUGAACUAAAGCAACAAGUGGAUGACUAUGUCAGAAGGCAUUCAGGCUCUCAGAUGUCAGAUGUGGCCAGCAGGGAGCUCCAUGCCCAAGCUCAAGAACAACUGCAGCACUACUUUAUGGGCAGGGCCCUAGAAGGGAGAGCCCAGCAGCACAGAGAGGCCCUGAUGGCUCAGAUCAGCACCAAUAUUGAACAGUUAAUGAAGGCACCAAGUCUGAAAGAGGCAAAAAGGAAAGAACCUGAGCUAUUCUUAAGUAGAUCCAGGCCUGUGGCAGCCAAGGCCAAACAGGCCCAUCUCACUACCCUGAAGCACAUACAAGCACCCUGGUGGAAGAAGCUUGGGGAAGAACGAGAUGAUCCAAAAGAUGAGCUUAAUGUAGAAUUGGAAACUUUAUUCUUUGGUGGAACCAAACCCUCAUAGGAAGAGAACUGACACAAAUCUUGUAUUUUAGGAGAGUAUAUUGUCUGUGCCUCUGGCAUGCUGGUAGACUAGAGCUAUCCUAACUCAUGAUUUUCCAGAGGUUCUCUCCAAACAAGACUUGCAGUAAGCAAAGAGUUAUCUUCUAUCUCUCUCUCAAUUCUCUUUUUCUUUUCUCCACACUCCCAUUCCUGGCUACACA